AUGAGUGUUCCAUUUUCAGUUUCUUAUUUAUCAUCUUGUCACUUGUGGUUGCUUGUUGUUUUGGCCUUGGUUCAGUUGUGCUUAUCUGGUCAAAAGUCUGAUGAUGUAUUAUGUAUGGACGGUGAGAGACAAGCACUUAUCCGGUUCAAGCACGACCUCAUAGACGAAGCAGACCGGCUUGCUUCUUGGGUUGGUGAGAAGAGCGAUUGUUGCAGAUGGGCUGGAAUCGUUUGUGAUAACAUCACUGGCCAUGUCCAAGAGAUUCGUCUUCGUGGACUUGAUGGUCAUUGUGAUAGUAUUAGCAUAUAUGACGGCUCUUAUAAAGCAGUAAAAGAAGGCUUAAAGCAGAAGUUAGGAGGGCAUUUAAAUCCAUCGUUGUUGGAGCUGAAGCAACUCAAGUAUCUAGACUUGAGCUGCAAUGAUUUUAAACAUAUCCAAAUUCCAAGCUUCAUAGGUUCUUUUAGAAACCUGAGGUAUCUUAACCUCUCUGAAUCGAACUUUGGUGGGAUGUUCCCUCCUAAAAUAGGGAAUAUUUCAGAGUUACGUGUCCUUUCUCUUGCAGAUUUGGGUGGAAUAAGAAUAAUGGAAAUGAAGUGGUUGUCAAAUCUUCGUCAGUUGCAUCAUUUGGAUAUGAGUUUAAUUGAUCUUAGCAAAGCUAUCGACUGGUUUCAGGUGAUCAACACUCUCCCUUCUUUGGUCGAACUGCAUCUCUCUAUUUGUCGACUCCCGAAUAUGCAUCCCCAUGUUUCUAGACUUAAUGUAACAUCCCUCACUGUGCUUGAUCUUCUUGGAAAUGAUUUUGGUGAAACUUUUCCAAAGUGGAUUUUUAGUAUAACAAGUCUAGUUUCAUUGCAUUUAGGUGACUGCAGAUUUAACAACCCUCUUCCUAGUAGCAUUUAUAGCUUUCGUAAUUUGACUUCUCUCGAGACGCUGUAUGCCUACGGGAAUCAUUUUAUGAAUUCUUCAUCGCUUUUAGAAGGGUUGUCUAGUAACUUGAAAGUGUUAGAUAUAGGUUAUUGUGGGAUUUCGAGUUUAGGACCACAUUCACUUCGUAACCUCACAUCUCUUCUUAGCCUUGACAUGUCAGGAAACCAACUCACCAAUCAAAUACCUAAUUUGUUGGGUAACUUUUGUAAACUGAGAGACAUCAAUUUGGCAUUCAGCAAUUUUGGUAACGUUGGAUUAACAUACCUUCUUAAAAGUCUUUUCAGUUGCAAAUCACCGAGUUUGGAGUCAUUAGACAUGUAUUCCUCAGGACUUUCUGGUCCAAUUCCUAACUCCAUCAUACGACUAUCAUCGUUGAAGAUGUUAGUGCUUACUGGUAACAGACUGAACGGAAGCAUUCCUGACUCAGUCGGGAAAUUAUCAUCAUUGAAGUUGUUAGAUCUUUCGGGUAAUAGAUUGAACGGAAACAUUCCUGACUCGAUCUCACGAUUAUCAUUAUUAGAGACGUUGGAUCUUUCGUAUAACCAACUCGGCGGCAGCCUUCCCUAUAGCCUCGGUCAACUUUCAAAACUGAUUGAUUUAUAUUUUUCACACAAUUUGUUGACGGGUGUUGUCACAGAAGCUCACUUGGCUAAACUAGUGAGCCUGAGAUUUCUAGAUGGGUCAGGCAACAACUUGACCCUAAAACUUCAAGUUGCCAACUGGAUUCCUCCCUUCCAAUUGCAAGGCAUGUAUUUGAACUCUUGGCAUUUGGGGCCUCAAUUUCCUUUAUGGCUUCAAUCGCAGAGAGAUUUAAUACGACUCGACAUAAGCAAUUCACACAUUUCAUCACCAAUGCCUCGUGACUCUUUCUGGAGAUCAUUCCCUGAUCUAACUUAUUUAAAUAUGUCUGGCAAUCAUCUCAGAGGUACAUUAAAAUUAGGUUUCCUUGGAACAUUUGAUGUACUUGACUUGAGUUUUAACGAGUUUACAGGGGAAUUAUCUACUAUCUCAAAUGGUUCAUUAAACCUUGUGUCUUUGGAUCUGUCUUAUAACUCUUUUGAGGGAUCAUUACACCAUUUGUUGUGUUUCAGUGGCGUGCAAGAAACACAUGUUCUUUUUCUGGCAUAUAAUCAUUUUUCGGGGCUCAUUCCCGAGUGUUGGGAGAAGUGGCCAAAUUUGCAAGUCUUAAGCUUGGAAAAUAAUAACUUGUCUGGUGAGAUUCCAAAAACACUUGGUUAUGUUCAUGAGCUACAACUAUUGAACCUACAUGGGAACAAGAUAUCAGGGAGAUUACCAUCUUCACUAAUGAACUUGUCAAAGUUGGAGAUCCUUCAACUUGGCAAAAAUGAACUUGUUGGAAGCAUCCCAACAUGGAUUGGAACAAAACUCACUUUUUUAAAAAUUCUCAACCUUAGGUCCAACCACUUGGACGGGAAUAUUCCUCAUGAGCUCUGCUAUCUUUCACAUACUCACAUUUUGAAUCUUGCUCAAAAUAAUCUAUCCGGAAACAUUCCAAGAUGCUUUUACAACUUUAGUUUCCUUUCUGGUAAAGAAACAUAUACGUAUCCUGCUUUAACCAUAUAUUUUGAACAAGAUGGAUUCUCUAGCAGUGGAUUGGCUCGUGUUACUGCAAGCGAUACGUUGGUGAUGAAGGGACAAGAGUACACCUAUACAUCUUUUCUUGGACUUGUGACGUUCUUGGACCUUUCUAGCAACAAUUUUUAUGGACAAAUCCCUAAUGAGCUUACGGCCCUCACGGAGUUAAAGUCACUAAACUUAUCAAGAAAUAAGUUGACAGGAAGGAUCCCAGAGAAAAUUGGUGACAUGAAAGCACUUGAAUCUCUUGAUUUCUCUAUGAACAAGCUUUCUGGAGAACUUCCCAUGAGCUUGUCAAGGUUGAAUUUCUUAAGCAGCUUCAACGUGUCCUACAACAAAUUGACUGGAAGAGUUCCAACCGGUACUCAGCUCCAAAGCUUCAAUGAGUCUGGCUUUACUGGCAACAAACUUUGUGGAGCUCCACUAAGUGAUCGUUGUGUACCAGUUGAAGUACCAAAUCUUACAAUAGGAGACCAAAAGGAAGACGGUGGAACAGAAUGGGGGUUGAUUAUUAGCAUUGUGCUUGGACUUGUUACUGGAUUUUGGAUCAUUGUGGCUCCAUUGAUAGUCAGCACAUCAUGGAGGAUUGCAUAUUUUAGUCUCGUGAGUAAAUUGAUCGAUAUAUGA